UGGACCAUGUGUAUAAUUACGAUAAGCUGGGAUAAUCGGCUCCUUCCGAAGGAACCUCAAAGGUGGGAGGCGUUCGUCUGUCAAAUUUCGAGUCCUUGCUCGUCUUCUUCACGAUUGCUUUUCUUUUGCGACCUUGGUACUGAAAGAUCACUAUGCCGGAGAUUGAGAUUAAAGGCAUAGCUGCUAGCAAUCAGUUCCCUACCGAGAAAGAUGGAUCUCUGGGAGAAGUUCUCGAUGUUGAAGUUGGUGCUCUGCCGUUCACAGCCGAGGAAGAAAGACGCGUGAAGUUGAAGACUGAUCUAGUUAUUUUGCCUCUCCUUUGCUGUGUCUUCUUCCUGCAGUAUCUUGACAAGCAAAGCCUGAGUUAUGCAUCAGUCUUUGGCCUGAUUACGGACUUGAAGUUGAAAGGAACGGAGUAUUCUUGGUGUUCUUCAAUAUUCUACAUUGGGCAACUUGUCUCGGAAUACCCUUUCAUCUAUUUGAUGAGCAGAUUGCCAUUGGCAAAGUUUGUUGGAUUCACAAUCGUGAUUUGGGGCAUUGUUUGUAUGUGCUUGGCUGCACCAUCCAACUAUGCUGGCUUUGCUACUGUCCGCUUCUUGCUCGGUUUCUGUGAAGGAGCUGUUUCCCCGGCAUUCGUGACAAUUUCCAGCAUUUGGUAUCGCAAGAGCGAGCAUCCCAUGCGGAUUGGGGCAUGGAUUACAAUGAACGGACUUGCACAAAUUGUUGGAGCGCUCUUGAUGUACGGAAUCGGCAAGAACUCUAGCUUCCCACUUGCUCCCUGGAGGAUUCUCUUCUUAAUCUGCGGUGCUUUGACAUCUGCGAUGGGCGUCGUCUUCUUUUUUGUCAUGCCAAGUGGUCCAGACACAGCGUGGUUCUUUACAGCAAGAGAGAGGGAAGUCGCUGCUAUGCGCCUCGCCCGGGACCACGAGGGUGGAGAUAAGACGAACUUCUCCAUGCCUCAAUUACUUGAGGCUCUGACUGAUAUCAAGUCGUGGAUCACCUUUGGUUUUGGAGUUUUGGUGACGAUGCCUUCGCUUGUCUUGACGUUUGCUUCUUUGGUCAUCAGCAACAUCGGAUACGAUAAAUUCCACACCAUGUUAUACACAGCACCUUCUGGUGCUGUCCAAAUAUUCUUCAUCUGGAUCGGCGUCCUCGGUUGCCACCUUUUCCCGAGGAACCGGUCCCUCAUCGUCAUGAUCCUUGUCAUUGUUCCAUUGAUCGGGAACAUCCUCCUGCUGAAACUUUCACUAAGCUCUGGGUGGGGCAUGAUCGUCGCCUCUUGGCUGGCAUCGGUCAUUUCUGAUAUCUUCUCCAUCACCUUGAGCUUGAGCGCUUCAAAUGUGAAAGGGAAUACCAAGAGAGCUGUGGUGAAUACCAUGUACUUCAUUGGGUAUUGUGCAGGUUGUAUUGGCGCUCCUCAGCUUUGGUUGUCUAAUCAAAAACCGAGGUAUAAGCAAGGUUUGAUUACUGACCUUGUUGCUUGGGGAAUACUUUUGAUGGUGAUGCCUUAUUACUGGUAUAUCUGUCACUCAGAGAAUAAGAGAAGGGAUAAAUUGGAAGCCGAGGGAGGAAAUACUGCAAUCUUCGAGAAAGGAGCUGAUGUGACUGAUGGGGAGGAUCUUUCUUUUAGGUAUAAUUGUUGAAGUUAGCGAGACAUUGUGGUAAACU